UGAGGGCGCCCUAAAUCAAGAACGGUGCCGGCCGUUGUCGCCUGGCAUGUGUAGUGUCUCGUUUCUGAAAGAGUUUCUGGAGUAGAUUAACAAUGAAGUAAUAAUCAGUAUUCCUUGAAACUGACAGCAGCAAACAAGAUAUGUUUUUCAGCUCAUAGUGGACCUCGCAUUGCCGUCAAACAAAAUGAGCUCUUGCAAAAGCAGACUGUUACUGCGGUGUUCCGUAAGGUAUGGCCUUUUGCCAUUCAUCAGCAGCAGGCCUCCAUUGGCAUGUCAAAGAACUGGGGUUUCAUUGCUGCUGUGCCGGCACCAGCAGAGUGACAGCAGCAGCAACAGCAGCAGCAGUACUGACACUAGUAAGAAGGAGCCCUACUCCAAGUUCCUGACCCGCAACUUGAAAAUGUGGGGCGGGGAAAUCUACGACAGACUAGUUUGCUCAAAUCUGGACACUAUGUUCGACACCACGCGGUCGAUGUGGCGGUUCGCCGGCACAGACAGCUUCAAGGAUUUCCAGGUGCUCACGGACCAGGACAUCGGCGGCCAGAGCUGGGCCAAGCUUGAGCCCAGCCGCAACAACAAACUGCUGUUUCACGGCAAUCUGUGCACGACCGUACCACGGGACGGGGAAACUGCAAGGAGCGGUUAUUGCUCACUGAAGUCUAAACAGCAGUUUGUGUCAUUCAAUCGCAAGAAACACAUGGACCUGACUCCCUUCAACUCCCUCAACCUACGGCUCCGCGGGGACGGCCGGGCCUACAUGGUGAACAUCAUGACAGAAGGUUACUUCACCGAUUACCAUGACGACAUUUGGAGCUACUUUCUAUUCACGCGAGGAGGGCCCUAUUGGCAGGAUGUCUCGAUCCCCUUCUCCAAGUUCUUCUUGUCCAGCCGGGGGCGCAUCCAGGACAGACAGGCAGCUGUGGAUCUAGAGCUGGUCAAUGCCAUCGGGCUGACAAUGGCCGACGCCAUUGAUGGGGAAUUUGCACUGGAGAUAGACUCCAUCGCAGCCUCAUAUGAUGCCACGCACACAGAGGAGUUCGCUUAUGAGAUGUACCACAAGUAGAGUGGCACUGUGACUGUCAGUGUAGUCUUGGUCCAAGACUGGAUUUCAAUGUUAUAUUCCUCUAAUACAGCCGGUCCGUGACAAGCGCACUAAAGCCGCUGCAGUAGAGGUAGCUAUCAACAUGAUGAAUCAAAUCCAGUUCUUGGAACAUCGGCAGCACUACCCUAAUAAGGAAACUCUGAGCAUACCUCAUGCACGUGUAUGAGCUUGAAUACAGGCUCAUGAUGUAUGCUCAGAAUUUCCUGGGUAGCUCUGCCAAAGUUCUCAAGGGUGGAUUUGAUUCAUCUCGUUGAUGGCUCAGUCUCUUCUGCCGCGGUGGCUUUAACACGCUUGUCAGGGACUGGCUGUAUACGGAAAAUAAAACCAAAUCUGUGUUGGACCAAGACUAUGUCUACUGGCACUUUUCUCAUCCGACUUGAGGGGCCCCUGCAGAACUACUAUGUGAUGAUUCAUGUAAACUGUGAGGGCUUUUGGUGACACUUCAUGUAAUGCACACAUGCUUAAUUGCCAAACAGGCUUUUAUGCUUCCCCACUGUCCAGGAAUGACUGGAGAUCUGAUUUCGUACGUGUAUUUGAGGAGAGGAAACACCCUUUAGCUUCCAAAAUUGUCAUGGUUGCUUUUCUCUUUGAUGGUUCUGUCUUCCCUGUAGCGUGAUUGGCUUUGUUCUCAAGCACAUAAUUUUACCUAAGGAAUGCAGUGGUUAUUUAAAUAUGCAUAACUAUUUUGAAUAGUGAACCCCACAUUGGAGGUCAUUAUGAUGACCAUGUGUUUGUCGUCCGCUGACUCCUUUAUAUUUGACUAAGCCUCGGAUAGCUAGUCCUAGAGUCCUAAUCAAUUGGUUUCAAAAUGACUAUUCACUUGGUCAUUUUAUGCAUGUGGCCUACACAAUGGGCCAGAUUUAGCCAGUUCAUUAGGUUACGAGGUAAUUCACAAACAAGUCAGUCGAGUACAAAGAGGACUAUAGACUAGCCUCUCUGGGACCAGCGAAAGGGACACUUAUUAGAAUUUUUAACAUUUUGACAAGCUUUGAUCCUUUGCCUCCAUUUCCAACAAUGUCACUGUUCACACUUUAAAUAACAUGUAGCUGGUUUGAGCUGGUUACUUUAUUUGUAAGAGAAAGACAUGUACAUGCAGGUCACGUUGGAAUCAUCCUUCAAUGUGGUUCUGUCUUCCAAUAAAUAAUUGUUUGGGGGUAAAUUUAUUGUAAAAGGCUAAUUUCCCAGUAAUUCAACUUCAUGGGUAUCAUGCACUGCAAUGUUUGGUUUGUAUCACCUGUGCAGUAAUAAAUAAAACACUGAAGGUUUUUACGUGUAAUUUCAAUGUCCUACAUUGUACUCUCAUGAUUGUCCCUGUUUACUCUGUAAUGUUGUGUAUAACACCUACAGUACAUACAAACAAAUGCUAAGUGAACGGACUACAUUGUACAUUGUAUGCAUCAGCAUUUAUUGAUUUACAAACUAUAAGGCACAUCUGGACAUGCUGGAUAGUAGGAAUGUUGAGACCAAUGAAGGAAAUAAACUCCUAUUUAGCAAUAUCAGACAAAUUAUCAAUUUCCGUCCAAAUUUCUCUGAUCUGUUUUG